AUGGCUAUUUAUUCUUCUUCUUUAUUAUCACUAUUAUUCUUAUUAUUGAUAACACACUGUGUUAAUACUGCUAGUCUUCGUUCAUAUUUGCAUUCAUCUUCAACAUGGUCUUUGGAUCGUCGACAUUCUCCAUCCAUUGUUGACAAUGAGUUGACAACAUCAGAACCUGUAUUAUCACGAAGACGUCCUCUAUUGUCAUCAAGUGAACGACGAAAACGUUGGACAAAAGAAGAAGAUAAUGAUGAAGUUGAAAUUCCAAUUGAUGAAACAAAUAUUGAACAAAUUAUUAGUACAACUACUAUUGAUAAUGAAUCAACAGUAUUACGAAACAAUUCGAAUGAUAUAUUUUCAUUCGAUUCAACUAUGAUAAUAGAACAGUCAAAUAUAAGCGAUUCUCAAAUAAAUGUCGAUGAAAAUUCUACUAUAAUUUCAACUAUAACAGAAAUAAAAUAUCCAUUAUUACGACAAGAUUUAUUUGAAAUUAAUGAAACAAAUAUACUAACAACUACUAUUUCAAUUAAUGAUGAGAUUUUACAAAAUAAUAAAACUGAUAUUGAACAAUCAAAUGAAAACAAUGAUAAUGUAACUACAAUUAAUAACAUAUUUCCAUUAACAACAUCCAAUGAAAUCAUUGAUAUUAAUUCAACAGAAUCAGAAACAUUAUCAACAAAUUCCGAUACAUCCGCUAUCCUUCUCAAUUAUACUACAAUUCUUCCUGAAGAAACAAAUGAUAAUCAAACAUUAAUUGAUUCAGAAACAACAAUUGCUUCAGAAUAUAAUACCACAGUAAUUGAUGAGAGUAUUGAUACUACGAUCAUUAUUAAUGCUACACAAAAUGGUACAACAUUCGUUGAGAAAAAAAUAACUAAUGCUACAACCAUACCAGAUGUUGUACAAAAUGUUACAACAGUAACUGAUCAAGGAAUAGGUGAUACGACUGUGACUUCGGAAGUAGUCACACAGAAUGAUACAUCAACUAUGAUUUCUGAUGAUGAUGAAUAUGCAAAUGAAACUACAAGUUCUUUACCCGAAACAACUGUAAAACCUAUAUGUGAUCUUUCAUGUCAAUGUUCACAAGAAUGUUCAUAUGGAUUUGAAAUUAUUGAUAAUAAAUGUCAAUGUGAUCCACCUUGUAAAAAUUAUCAAUGCUUUGGUGAUGAUAUAUGUACUGUAACUAAAACAGGACAAGCUUUAUGUAAACCAGAAAAUGGAACUGAACAUGAUCGUCCAAUUCGUUGUUAUCAACCGCGAGAUGCAGGUUAUCAUGAUGUCAGCAUUCGAUAUCAUAAUCGAUGGUAUUAUGAUCCCAUGCAAGAUACAUGUCAUUUAUUUGUUUAUCGUGGUUUGGGUGGAAAUGAAAAUAAUUUUGAAACAUUACAUGACUGUCAUUUAGAAUGUAUCACUUGUGCUCCAUCGCCAGAUCCGGGUACAUGUUUCGGUCGUCUUCAAAUGUGGUAUUAUGAUUAUAAACAAAAAAAAUGUUUACCAUUUGAUCAUUCAGGCUGUAAAGGCAAUCAAAAUAAAUUCUUACGAAAACAAGAAUGUAUUGAUACAUGUGUUACUCGAAUACUCAAUCUUUAA